AUGUUUCGACUUUGUAGACGUCCUGACGAUGAAAAGCCGUACAAUGAAUGCCGGCACGAAUGCGGUGACGUCAAGAAGUGCAAGGUCUCCACCGGACAUCAGGAUUCGUUGUCGUUGAACUCGAAAACAUUUCUGACGAGAGUUUCGAAUUCGUCGGCUGAUCAGUCCCCUGAAGUAGAAGAAAAAAUCAGAACAAAGCGAGCAGCCUUCAGACAUAAAAAAGUUUCACGGAUGAAAGGGAUAAAGAAAAUGUUACCGCGACAGACGGGAAAAACAUCGAAAAAUAAAAGCCUUUACAAACAUGUAAUGCUGCGAAAGCUCGGGUCUCGCUCGACGAACAAACAAAAGUUCGGAAAACGCAAACGGCUUCAGAAGAAUGUCGUUAGAAAACUGUCGCGUAAGUACAGCAUAUCCGCUUCUGAUCGAUCGAGCGAAAUCGCCAAAGCUGCGUAUUCGCGAAUGGCACAAGGAAGAAGGAAGAAAUCAAACGUCUGGAAGAAGAUGGUUAAAGCUAACACGAAAUUCACGUCGAAGAAUGUCAACAGGAGAAAGAUUUCAAAGCAAGCCAAGAAGCUGCCGGGACUCGGCAAAGUAACCCGUGGAAAAUACGGGCGGCAACGAAAAGCAAGUCAGGGACAGAUGAGUCCAGCCGUUGGGAAGCAAAUGCAGCAUAAAAUAGACGAGGUCUAUACGAAGACGUCUAGAACGGGCAUUCGCAAAAGUUCGAGUGGAUAUGUCCAGAUAUCAGAUAAACGAUAUGGAUAUGAAUCAUCGAAAGAACCAAAAAAUGUCUCAGCUGCAACCAAAGCCGAAGACAAGCUAAAGCAAAAGAACUACGAUGCAGAGUCUGUAGAAGUUGACCGCGUCGAAGAGAAUGGAAAAACAAUAACGAAAAAUGUACAAGAAUAUGGUAAUUACCGUAAUUAUGUGGACAGAGACCAUUUGCGGAGAAGAAUUGAGCAGCAGGAUGCGACGAAUUACACGGAUGGUGACAAGACGUACGCAACUUUCGCCAGUAGUCUGAACAGCGUCUCAGAUUCCAAGCACCCUUUAUCGAAGGAUAUCGAGUCGGCGAUCAUCUUGUCAAAUGCGUUAAAAAAGCAGGGACGACGUGUCGUUAACUUUCUCGUCAAAGGGGGCAGAAAGUUCAAGAGAAGGUUAAAACAAAAAUAUUGUGAGAAGGAAUUUGCAAACAUCCACGCAAGCCGGAUGGAAAAUUCUCCCGCCUUCAAAGAUGUAGUCAGUGAGGUUGAACAGGCAGAAGGCGCGAACGAGGGCGAACUUCCUUCGUCCGUUUACGAUCAUGCGGAUCAAACUCAUGGCGGUGAAAAAAAUGACGAGGUCGAGGGAGCAGAUAGAAAUUUGGAUGAUCUCGUUUCAAAUGCACUUUCAGAGCAACAGACGCAGGGCAUACAAGGACAGACUCAACCAGAGAUCGCGGAGUCUUCGGAAAGCGAUCUGGACGAAAACGGAUCUACGGAAGAUUUGCUGACAUCCAGCAGUGACGAAGACGUUGUAGGAACGGACAACGUAGAGGAGUCGUCGAAUGACAGCGACAUGACAGAUUCGUCGUUGGGCAGCGAACCGCUGGGGGACCAAGUAGCUACUUUCACGAAACAGGACGCUACGGUAGAUGAAAAUGCUGAUGAAAGCGAUUCUUCGGAGCAGGACGGAAAUGAGACCGAACGAACCGACACGGACGGAGGGCCAUUGGACGAUGGAAAUGACGAACCAGGCGGAGAUAUGCUAAACGACGAGAUCGAACCACCUGCCGGUCGAAGUCAACUGUACAUAUACACGAAAGGUGACCAAAGACUCGACACCGCACAAGAAGCUUCACAAACGAUCGGUCGUACGGUGAAGCCGGGGCGGCAGAACGGUUCGCUAAACGAAACAGUCGAACGUGCAAAGGAUGACAUGCUUGGACGAUUACUCAGUCCCGGUUUAAACGAGUCAGUUCAAAAUGAACACUGGCGCAUUUCUGGUGAACCAAAGGACAAAGCAGAAACAAAAGAGUCAACUACUCAAGCAGGACAUCUUGGACAGGCGAACGACAAGAAGCCAACACCGGGUUCGACGGGAGUUGAGAAACUGACGAAAGCGUCCGCUUCCCAAAAAUCUGGGGCAUUUGCUUCGGAAGAGGCUCAUUGA